AUGGAAGGCGAACCAAUACAUUCAAAAAUAAGAGACUUAACCAAAACAAUUGAAGAAAAUCAAGAUCUUUUAAGCGACCCACAAAAAAGAUCCGAAUAUGAAGAAUAUGUAAUGAAAGAUGAUGAGUUAUUCGAAAAUAUUAAUGAGUCUGAUUACCGUUCAUUUUCACUUCUUUGCGAAUUUGGAUCAGUUAAAGCUCUUAUAAAUGAAAAAAGAUAUAGCAAGAUAUAUAGACAAUCACAGGGUUCAUUGCUGAGAAAAAUAUUAAAAAAUUGGAGGGAAAAAUACAUGAAUAAAAAAGCUCAACAAUUUGAUAGAUUUGAGGAGGAACCCAAUCAUUUUUUCUCAAAUGGAGAUUUAUUAAGUUAUAAGACUGAUGAUGAGUUUGUAAAGUUGAAUUGGAAUGGAUGGUUUCAUGACCAUUUUAGAGUAAACAUUUUUCCAAUCAAUAACAUUAAAUUUAACACAUUACAAGGUUUACUAGAUGAAAACAGUAAUAAUGAGCCUCUUACAAAGAGGGUUAGAAUUGUAAACAAUAAGACUAAGAAUUCAAAUUCGAAUAAGACUAAAGUUCUUGAAGAUGAAAAUGUUCAUGAUACUCAAAAUAUUAAAAUAUUACAGGAAUUCAAAAGCAAGUUAUUGAAUAAAAUACAAGAAAUAGACAUAAAAAAUCAGGGUAUCGAACUCUGGGAACUUGUUUUAGACAAAAACCAGCAAUACGGUUUUCCAAAUACUUGUUUUAAUUUAUUCUCAUUAUUAUCUCUUUUAAAAGACUCACUUAUUUCAAUUACCUCUCCAAAUACUGUAAUUCAAAACGAUUCAAAAGAAGAACAAAAAGUUUUGGUUUUUCCAGGAAGCUCGAAUAUUUCUUUAGAUUUAGAGAAGAAUACUGGAAUUAUUUCUAAUUUUACAUUUAAGGUCUGGCAAGAUCUAUGUACAAGAUAUAAUUAA